AUGUCCAUCACUCGCGUCGCUGAAUUGGCUUGCGUGCGGAGCCCCUUGCUUCGGGAGCUCACCACGACGGUGGUCUCCUGCGAACCCACCAAGGUGGCAACCUCUAAGAAAAAAAGCAAGGCAGGCGAUAAAUCGUCCGCCGCGGGGUCUGGCGAGAUGUACGACAUCAUCUGCAGCGACUCUGUUCUGUUCCCGGAAGGGGGUGGGCAGCCGUGCGAUUACGGCACCCUCCAGCUCGUCCGCACCGCGGAGGCGGACGACGCCAGUGGGAGCGGCGGCGGCGCGAUUCCACCGACUGAAGUCCCCAUCACGAAUGCUCAGCGGCGUGGCGGCACCUGCGUCUUGACAAGCCCCUCCCCAUUUCCCGUUGGGGCGGUGGUGGUGCAGAAAGUCGACUGGGCUCGACGCCUUGAUCAUAUGCAGCACCACACGGGGCAGCAUUUGUUGACGGCCAUGGUCGAACGCGCGGAUACGAUGCGCCUGCCGACCAUCAGCUGGAGCCUAACCCACCCGACAUGCUUCAUUACACUCGAUAUUGCGGAGUACCUGGCUCAUCCGGAGCGGCACAAACCCUACAGUGAUUUUAUUAACCCCAUCGACAAGAAGAUUAGUAACGAGAUGAUCAAACGGAUCGAGGACCUCUGCAACGCGUCCAUCGCCGAAGGGACGGAUGUUUAUUACGAACUCUUUGAAAGUCUUGAGGCCUGUCAGGCCGAGGCCGAGAGUCGCAAGGCGGUCAGGAUGGAGUCCAACGGCGACGGGGGCGAGGGGUUGGAUAUUCGCGGUCGGGUGAUCCCGGAGGACGUGGUGGGCCCCAUCCGCACCGUGACGAUCCGCGGCAUCGACAGCUGCACCUGCUGUGGGACCCACCUCCCCUCCCUCGCGCGGCUGCACGUCCUUCACGUCCUCCACCAAGAGGUCAAAGGGGGCACCCUUAAGCUCCACUUCAUCACGGGCAACCGUGCGAUUGAGAGGUUCCGUGCGAUGCACGAGCGGGAGCGCGGCCUCGCCCUUGAGUUGGGCGUCCAGCCCCAGGUCUUCGUCUCUUCCGUCCACAAGCGCAUCGAGGACGCCGUGAGGAUGGAGCGGCGGCUCAAGCGGUGGGCAACGGAGGACCUCGCGGAGGGUGCCGCCAAGGCGCUGGAAGGCGAGAUCCGGGCAGGGGCCUGUGAGGUGGCGACCCUGCGCCGCGAUGACAUAGAUCUGGAUUUCUUCUACACCGUCCGCAGCAAGCUAACGGAGGCGGGGCUGGGGGAUGUGGUGUUGGUUUCCGCCUGGGCGUCCGACGUCGACGCGCAAAUUCCCUAUCACAGCGUCGUGCCGAGCAAGAAUGUGAUAGGGCAGGUCAUGAUUUCGGGGUCCGCUGCGGACAAGCUCGAGAAGGUCUCCCAGAUCACGAAGGAGGUGCUGAAGGACCUUAAGGGUGGCAUGUCUAAGCAGGGAUUUCGUGGAAAGGGCAGCCUAAAGGAGUGGGAUAAGCUCGUGGAAGUGCUCAAGGAUGUGCGUCUGUCUAACCCGACUAAGGAUGAGGAUGCUGGUAAAUGA